ACUCUUCCAGUAAGUUUUCCCGAUAAGAAUUGUGUUACAGCUCUGUGCAAUGACUGGAUAUGUUAAACUGGCAAGUUUCUUAGCUUUUUGUAUAGAAUGCUCUUUUUGAAUUUUGAAGCAAUUUUUCUUAUUACUCACUGUUACUCCUAAAUAUUUAAUGUCUUUACUAACUUUGAUACCUCGUAUCUGUUCAGGCUGCUCUUUUUUAUUAAAUAUUAUAAUACUACUCUUAUCUCUAUUUAUUCUGAGGCCUGUGUGAUUGCUUAGGUUAGCCAGUACAUCUAUCAUUUUACUCAUUUCUUCACCUGUUCUUGCCAUUAAUAAUCCAUCGUCUGCAUAGUACAGAGCACUUAACUUAAAGUUUCCGUCUUGGUAGCCUCCUUCUUUUUCCAGUGUGUCUAUUGUUACGUAUGUCAAUAAUUUAAAUAAGGUAGUGGAAGCUGUACAGCCCUGUCUGAUGCCGCUGGUCACUAUCAUUUCGAUUUCUUUAUCUCCUCCUAUUGCUAUAUCUGUGGUAUCGUCUGUAUAUAUUCCAGUCACUACAUCUAUUAAGUUGGGAUGAAUUUUGUAGUCCAUUAAUAUGCUGAUCAAGCUGUCCCUUUUUACUGAAUCAUAUGCUUUAGCAUAGUCCACUGACAUCACAUGUAAUGUUUUUCUAUUUUUGAAUGUAUAGUGCGCGAGGCUGCAACAGCCUUACGAGGAAGACAAGGACGAUCGACACCAUUGGAAAAUUUUUAUUUGAAAAUGAACACACCGAACAAACGAAAACAACAGUACACAAGUUUUGGACAAUAAGAGAAAAAAGAAUGAAAGAAAAAGGAAAACAAUAGACCCAGACAGCAGACACAUCAGGGAGUGCCGUUACCAAGGCAAAACUCCCGACCGACUACUACUACUACUACUACUACUACCUUGAACCCAGCAUCCUCAUCAUUGCAGGUGUGCAGUGUAGGGGAGCGUGAGCACCUGCCAGGCCGCUCACAGUGAUAGAGCCCUCAAGAAGACUAAGAAGCUGUGUUGCCGAGGACCAUGUCUGGCUCCAGCAGCUCAGAUGAGGAGGUGUCACGGUUCAGGGAGGCGUGUGACCCCACCCUGUGGAGGACGGCCGCGCAGGGAGCCGCCAAGAACGAAAUCUGCAGAGCGGAGGCAUCUGAUGAGAAGCCCCAGCCAAGGCGACCAGAGGCAGACCUUUAUGCUGCUGGAGAAGAUGCGCACAACCCUUGCCGAGGCGCAGGGCAAGGCAGGGUGUGUGGGGCUGAGGCACAAGGAUGGCCAUGGCCCCGGCAUACAGGGCAGGCCAUCGUCAGGCAGGGCAGAGGCCAGCACAGUGAGGGUGGCCAUGGCUGCCCCAUCCACACUCUCCCUUCCUGGCCAAGCAGCUCACCUCAAGACUGGAUGGGUCAAGAUCUUCUCCCUGGACCUGCUGUACCGGUUGAUGUACUUGGCGGCAGUGAGUGACAUCCCCCUGUCCGUGGCUACUGACAUGCUGGAAGAGUGUGGCCUGGACUACCUCCCCAACACAGCCUGCUUGCAGCAGCAGCAGCAGCGUUGAGGCGGGAUGCAGCGUGCUCUGAGGCGACCCCGGGCAGGAGGCAACAUGCGACCUCGAGCACCAGACCUUUUACCUCUAUUCAGGAGCAAUCGUGCAACUGAUGGAAGCUGGCACUGGAAGUUGCUGAUAUGUGGUAAGUUACUAUUGUCUCUUUCAACCAUGAUUUCUGCCAGUCUACCACAAUCUACCAGGGUCUAACCACCACACAAUAUUUGCCCAACAUCCCUCUACCAGUCUACCACAAUUCAACCAUCAGUCAUCACAAGUUCAACCCCAAAAACUCAACUUGUUCAAAACUUUUUCAACUCUGUAACCCCAGAAUUUCAACCCAAGACCUGACAUUCAACCACAAUUUCUACCACUCCACCACAAUCUACCAGGACCUAACCACCAUAUAUCUUUUCAGGGCUAUAGCUGACUGGCUGGUGCUGUCUGGUCACUCAGCUCAGCAAGGGACUGGAAGGUGGAACUCUCUCUCUCUCUCUCUCACAAAAAAAAAGUAACGUAAAAGUGUAUAAGGUCCAUUGAAAAGAAGAGAGAGAGAGAGCCAUCUCAUCCUCUCUCUCUCUCUCCCCUCAGCAUCCAGGAGGCAUCUUGGGAGGGGAGGGGAAGAGAAGAGAAGGGAAGGGAAGGGAAGGGAAGGGAAGAAUACAAUAGCUCACUGGUGGACAGAGGAGAGACAAGGAAGAAGAAGAAGAGUAGUAGGUUUAAAUAUAUCCGUUGUAAUAUAUAUUUCCAAACUUUAUUAGUCUUCUCUUUAUAGAAAUACAGAGAGAGAGAGUUAGUUCCAUCUCUCUCUCAUCUCUGCCCUUCAAUCAAUCUCCCUCCAUCUUCUCCCCAACAGGACUCGUCUCGUCUCCCCCAGCAUCUUGAAGGCCUGACUGGUUCCCUCGGCUCAGUGGUCUCGUCUCUGUC